AUGCUUGCAUUAAACAGAGAAAAGCCAAUAAGAAUAAGAAAUGCUGAAAAUAUGUAUGAGUUUAAAAAACUUCUUAGAGUAUCUCUAAUGUUCAGAUGGAGGGAGGAGCUCCAACUUCAAGGUGGAGCCUACCUCCGUGAGGCACCAGCGAGCCACCUUCAGGUGGAAGGGCAUAUUGAAGCAGUAGAACAAAUUGAUACAGUGGAUCAGGGUAGAUCAAGUUGA